AGUCACCAAAAAAAGUAAAAAAUAAAUGUCAAAAGAGUUAUGGCGGCUGUCGUUGUUUACUAAAAUGAAAAUUAUAAAAAUUAUUACAUUAUUACUGAACUACACUUAAAACAACAGUUGGGAACAGCCUAAAAUAGCUGUCGGCUGUAUAGAAAUCGAGAACCAUGGACGGAAGCCCAGAAAUAGGAAUGGACUACGAAGACCCAGGCGAUACUACGUGUUCUUUAUGUUUCGCCGAGUUCCUCGAUUUGGACGACUUGAAAAUCCAUAUUAAUCAAGUGCACAGGACGCCUGCGUUCGUGAAAUGCCAGUUUUGUGACUCGGAAUGCAAUGAUAUGGACCGAUACGCGUCUCACAUAGUAGACGCUCAUCUAGUAUGUUUGAAAACCUGUAAAUACUGCACUAGGAUGUUUCUCAACGCGGACAACUGUCGUACACACGAGCACAAGCAUUUUAUCAAUACCUCCACAAGGAAAUACUCUUGUUCUCAGUGCAUCGCAGUUUUUUCCAGCAUACCUGAAUUGGAAUACCACGAAUAUGAUAAACAUAAAGAUAUCGGGGAUGGUGUUUUAUUACAAGAGUGUUUUCCUUACUUAUCAUCAGUUCUGAAUAUCAAUGCCUUGAAAUUUAUACAGUCAUAUGGCACAGAUACUGUGUAUGUUUGUGUUCACUGCGAACUAACUACACCGGAUGUUAUGGAGUAUAUUGAACAUUUAAAGCGAUCUAAAUGUCGUUCGUACGUCUGCGAUAAAUGUUCAUUUGUGUAUAAAAAGAAAUUUGGAUUGAUAAAACACUUUUAUACACGUAAAGAGUGUAACAAUUACACUAUGAAGAUACCGAAGAAAAAAUGCGAAGACUGCCAAGUUUACUUUACUCCAAAGUUACUUAAGGAACACAAGAAGAAUUGCAAGGCCCUAAAAUGUAAGGUAUGUAAUUGGACGUUUAAUAGUAUGUACGAACUGACAUCGCACCAAACUGAGUUUCAUCCGUUGUCUAUAUCGCUGCAAUCAUGCAAGUUUUGCAACAAGGAAUUUGUUGGAACAGUCGCUUUGAACAAACAUAUACACAGAUCGCACAAAGACGCCGCUCAUCUUUACAAGUACUCGUGCGUUCAUUGCAAUGCAAUAUUCAACCAUCCCAAGAAGUUGUUCUGUCACUUUUUCACUAAGCACAAAAAUUUGGAGCCGUACACUUGUAAAAUCUGUAAUGAAAGGUUUAAAUUGCGCAAAAAAUUCACUUUACAUAUAAAACUGCUUCAUGAAAGUGUCGGUUAUGUUGAAUUUGACGAGAAUCUCCAUGUGUUUUUCACUGACAAAAAACCCGAGAAAUCAUUUAAACCAACAGCUAAUGUGGAACAUAUGGCUGUAUCUGAAGAUCUUGAUAACACAGAUAAUAGAGAUGAACCAUCACAAGCUGCUACUGAAAGAAAGAGAGUUACAUUUGAUGUAACAAUAAAAGAAACUGUAAACCUAGAUAACGUCUGUUCAGACUUUAUGGACGCAACUGAAACCGAAGGCCAACAAACUGAAGGAAACCAGACUGAUAUUGAAGUACCUAAACCUGGUUUAACACGUAAACGGAAGCUGAAGAGUACUAAAAAGAAUCAAAAGUUAAAAAACCAAGUAGUGAACUUAGAUAGUGAUUCGUCAGAUGAUGAACCACUAUUGGUGGUUAGAAAGAGAGUCAGGAAGAAGAGACAGCAAAAGUUAAGAUGUGCCACAUGGAAUACGAAGAGGCAAGUGGUAAAAGCUACAGAUACUAAAAGGUUCACAUGCAAUAUAUGCAAUAAAUACUGUUAUACUUAUAACAAUUUUCAUAAUCAUGUUAAUUCACACUCAAAAAGUGAAAAUAAAAGAUGCAUAAAGUGCUUCAAACAGUUUAACUCCAAAGAGAAAUUAAAGAGCCAUAUGGAAAGGCAACAUUCGUCAUCAAGAUUGACAGAGACCCUUAAAAAAUUAAUUGAGAAACGCAAGAAAGGUUUAGGGGCAGAAGAAGUUCAGAUUCCAGCAGCAGAAAGGUUCCGAAAAACUAUUAAAAAAGUCAACAUCGAAAGGGAUUGUAAUGCGGCAACAAUAAAACCAAUUGAGGAUGGUCUGUCCGUUCAGAAAUUUAUCGAAAGCUUCACACCAGAAGUUAAUGAAGGUCCGAAAAAGGAGAUUGUCAUAGACACGGUGGUAUCAAUAAAACCUGUCACUGAUAAUACUGUUAAACAACCAUUGAUUAAACUGACGAAGUUUGAACAAAAUACAAAUUCACAUUUGAGAGUUAAUUUUAACACAAAACUAGCCAUGCCCGUUAAAUUUAAACCCGAUUUAGGAGAGAAGCAAAAAGUCACAAUCAAGAUUGUUCCAGAAGCUUCAUAUAAUACUUAUCCAAAUGAUGAUACAGGUGUUACAGGUGAUACCAGCUUUUACGACGAUGAUGGUGGACAAAAUGACGACAUUCCAGAGGUGGCGCAAGAAGUGAUGCUGGAAGGUUCAGAAGAACUAAAAUCCGUGCAAGUGCCACACAAAAUAGUUUUACCUAACAUACUAAAUCUACCAGAGCAGUGCAAAGAUGUACGCAUAGCCCAUUUGCUGCCACAAGCGCCGUAUUAUAAAAUUGUUAAAGUUAAAGAUUUGCUAAAGGAGCAAAACCAAAAGGCUAACGACGAGGUAGAUAAGCCAAAGGAAUCGAUAAAAUUGCCGGACGGCACUAAAUUGGUCAAUGUGAAUCCAUUAGCGCACUUACUAGGUGACACGCCAGUUGAGAAAGUAUUUGAAAAGAAUAAGAGCAAAUAUAACUUCAAACCUAGAGAUUUUGAAACCGCCAUAGCCAAAGCUAUGUUGAAAUUGGACAAACCUGUAGUGAAUAACAAAAAAAAGGGUAAAACAAAGAAUUAUGCUAAUGAACAAUAGAAACAAUUCAAUGUUAACGAAAUAUUAAAAAUAUGAGGUUAGAAGAAAUGUUGCCUCAGAAUCGGUCCCAUUCUGAGAAAAAUUGAAAAUUAUGUGAUUAUUAUUUUAAUUCGAUUUUCCUAAUAUUAUUUUACAUUACACGAUUUUAAAUCAAAGAAACGGGAGAAUAAUUUGAAGUUUGAAUUCAGUGUUUCGGUUUUUGUCAACCUCUCCCUUACAUCCCGGUAUAUUGCUUAUGUAAAUGUUCCCAGUCAAAAUGCAAGGCACGGGUAAUAUCUGUACCGCUUCGAUAUCUAUGUAUUGGGCUCCUCUGUAUAUUGAUGGCGGGAAAUGAGAUCAUUUCGAACACUGAUACCAGAAAUUUUAGCACCAAUUUAGAUAUCUGUUGUUUUGAUCAGGUGCAUUUAGAUAUAUAUUGGAUAUCCAUAAUUUUAUAUAUUCAUUAUUAAACAGUAUAUAGACAUUGUAAAUAUGGCAUUAUCCACCUUCUAUAAGACCAUGGAAAACAUCACAAGAGUGCUGGUGCACUGUGUGCAUGAUUAAAAUAAAUAAUUAAGGCAUUUUUUUCAAAUAAAGUGUAAUUACUAUGAA